AAUUCUCUUUUUUCUUUAUUAAUUGUACUUAAACUAACUCAAAGAGUAACAAAAUGAAGCUCGAAAUGUUUUGUUUUCUAAGUCCGUGAAAAUCCAACUUUAUAAUGCCAAUUUUACAUGAUUAAUAUUUAACGGACCUUAGGAUUGGAAGUGUCCACAAUAUUUUUUUUAUAUGCGUGGUAUUCGGGCCAGCUUUCACCUAGUGGUAGAGACAGAAUUUCUACCGAGGAAUUAAGAGAAUAACAAAAUUUAUACAUGCACGUAGUAGCCAAGGGGAGUGUAAUUGGCACACAAUGUAAUUUUCUGGUGAAGAGGGUUUGGAUGUUCCUUCCCCUAGCUCCAACCAUGUGCUUGCGUGUACCUCGACUAAUUUCACGAGGUACCUGCUACCAGCUCUCACCAGCACAGGUACUAAAUAACUCUGUCUAAGUGUCCACAGUAUUUUAUUUAUUAAUGGAUUCUAUACAACAGUAACUCCUUCUAAAGCAUUAUAAAUAGGUUCUCAGCUCAUUCUCUUCCAAACUACACUUUGUCCUAGCUACUACAAUAUCAGAUCUCUCUUCCUUAAUUCUCAUUCUCUUUGUUCAAGUUGUCUUUUUAGCACUAAAAUGGGAACAGGAAGUUCUCCUUGUGCUUCUUGCAAAUUGUUAAGGCGUCGUUGCGCCAAGGACUGCAUCUUUGCCCCUUACUUCCCUCCUGAUGAUCCCCACAAGUUUGCCAUUGUUCACAAGGUGUUUGGUGCUAGCAAUGUUAGCAAGAUGUUGCAGGAACUUCCAAUACAACAGAGAGCAGAUGCAGUUAGCAGUUUGGUGUAUGAAGCAAAUGCAAGAGUUAGAGACCCUGUAUAUGGAUGUGUAGGUGCCAUCUCUUUUCUACAAAAUCAAGUAUCUCAGUUACAAAUGCAAUUGGCUGUAGCCCAAGCAGAGAUACUAUGUAUGCAGAUGCAGCAAGAACCUGUUCCAAGCUUGCCAACAACUCUAAUGGAACCAGAAGAUAAAUCACCAUUUUCAACAAGUAAUAAUAACUCGAUUAAUAAUAAUAACUUCAAUAAUAAUCUGCAGCAGUACCUAAGCUUUGCAUCUCCUAGCAGUUCUAUAAUGCAAGACCCUGUAAAGAGAGAGUCUCUCUGGACAUAAACUAAUUAUAAUAGCUAGCUCUUGGUAAUUUUGUUAUAUUGUUAAUGUAGCUGGCUAGAUGUUUUGGAGUACUUGUUAAGUAAUGAAGUGCUAGCAUUUC